AUGUCUACAGCCGCCCAGAAACUGACCAUGGAAUACACUACCGCUCAACAGGGACUCGAAGACCUGGUCGUUGCCAGACAGAAACUGGAAACGCAGUUGCAGGAAAACAAGAUUGUACAGGACGAGUUCGACACGCUGAAAGAUGAGACGAAAGUCUACAAGCUAACAGGAAAUGUGUUGCUACCAGUGGAACAGUUUGAAGCGAAAAACAACGUUGAGAAAAGACUGGAGUUCAUCACCGCUGAGAUUAAAAAAUGCGAAGAAAACAUCAAAACCAAGCAAGCAGCCCUGGAAAAGAUGCGUGCGGAGCUAAUACAGACCCAGGGUGCACAGCAGAGCGUACAGGCCUAG